UUCGGAACUUAUCUCCAGAAGUCCCUCUUUGGCGCUUUUGUUUUCUACAAGAAAUUCCAAGGUGACCGUCUUUUCCGCGUGGUCUGAAAGCCAGCCCAGACAUAGUUUCGAUUCUUGAAGAUCAGCGGGGGAGGGGGAAAAUGGCGGACUGGGCUCCCGUUCUAAUCGGUGUUCUGCUAUUCGUAUUGCUCUCACCGGGGUUACUCUUUCAGAUACCAGGAAACAACCGGCCCGUUGAGUUCGGCAGCUUCAAGACCAACGGUAAAGCUGUUUUUGUCCACACCGUUAUCUUCUUCGGCGCUUUUACCAUCCUGAUCUUGGCUGUUGGUGUCCAUAUCUACACCGGCUAGCAACCUCAGGCUCAACGUACUGCUUCUGCAUGAGCUUGGUGGGUAGGUUAUCGCCUUAUCGGGGGGUUUUCAUUUUCGCCUUUUUAUAUGAAAUCGAUCUUGUCGAGGAAGGAAAUAUUUAUCCUCUUAUUUUUCUUUUUCGGGUUCACUCUGCUUUAAUUUGUUCUGUAGAAUAAAUUGAAUCAUAUUGAGGGAUGAUUUUACUAUUUUCUUUCUUCUUCCCGAUCUAGCUCAUUGGAUCCGAUCUGGAAGAUCAUAAUGAAUAACCAGUUUCGUU